AUGACCAACUCCAGCAAGCUCUUCUCCUUCUCGGACGAGUUCACCGAGUGGGCCAAGCAGGAAGACAUGGUCAACAACCAGAUGAACAGCAACUGGAUCCCCGCCUACGUCAUCAUCACCCUCAUCCCCAUCGGCUUCAUCAUCAGCGCCGCGCUGGCGAGCCGCAAGGAGACCAAGAGGCAGGCCAGCGAGCGCGCCGCCAGGGCCGCAAGGAUAGGUGAGCUGCUGCCCCUGUGGCUGCGCGACAUGGUGGCGACACGGAGUGCUAACAACGACUCGCAGGUGGCAACUGGGACUGAGCGUGAUGGGACCGCGAAUGGGAACAGGAUCGAACUGACGGAUCUGGAGGCAGGGGUCGCUAAGGGGCCCGGCACAGUAACAAUGCCGAACACAGCAGCAACAGCAGCAGGCACGGAAGGGACAGCUCCCCCCACCGAUCCGAGGGCGAGGGCGGACAGCAUUGCGUCCGACACGGGCGCAAUCAUUGAUGGCGGCGCGACACACGGCGCCGGCGAUGCCACACUGCCUCGGAGGCAGCGGAGGGGCCCCUCAAUCGGGCAGCGCCAGCGGCAGGAGCGCGCCGUCGCAGGGCCGUCCAGGAGCGCCCAGAGGAGGGCCAGGAGGCGGACCCUCUGGCCGAGCUUCGCCUAG